AUGAUGUACGAAAUGAACAACAGUUCGUCGUCCCUUUCUAAAAAACCCACCACCAACUCUUCCUUUUACAACAAAACAUGGACUGGAAUCGUGAAUCAAAACAACAAUGGAGCAGAUUCAACAGGUUCACAAAGCACAGCAGGAUUUGACUCUCCAAAACUCGGUGGUGUAGGUGACUUUCCACAUCAACAACAACAUGAACAAUCAGCCAUAUUGAAUCCUGGUGGAGGAGAAGGGGAUGGACCUGCAUGGAUGAGGUCGUUUCGCUUUUUUGGAUUACGGUUGAAAACAGUGACGGCCUUGUUGAUGACAUCGAUUGUGGUUGUCUGUCUAUGCUCUCUAGGUCUUUCUCUCUCCUUCGAAUUUUCCUUUCGUAAUGUCGAACGAGGAUUUGGAGAGGAAUCUGUGAAAAAACUUUCAAAUUCUCUUCACGACGACUUUGAUGUACUCUUUAACAAACUCUAUGAAUAUGCAGCUUGGGAUGAUGUGUUCAAUAUUGUCCAAGAACAAAGCGUUCAGAAGGCAGAUGUUCUUCUCAAUGAAUACUUUUCGUGUGAUUAUAUGAAGAGAGCAAAUUUGAAUUAUAUCAUGAUGUAUUUUCCAAAUCAAACCUUCUUUCGAGGUGUGAAUUGUUUUGGAGGUGUGAAAGUGAGUGAAUUUCCGGUCGAGUUGACAACAUUGGAUUCAAGUUUUUUCGUUAAUUUGAGCAUUCCAGAGAAGAGACAAGAAACUUUUUUAAUUCCAUCACUUACGGUCGAUCAAUUGAUGAAAAAAAGUGGAAUUUCUCCAAUCAGUUCUGAUCUAUUGCCAGAAAACACCAAUCAUACGAAUAUUAUUAUGGUGACUGCUCAACCCAUUCAACCCACAGACAAUUCAGUAACGAAUGGCUUGAUGAUUUUUGCGAGAUACAUUACAGCAACGAUAAUGUUAGACCUUGCUCGAAGAAAUCAACAAUGUAAUACAUUCUUUGAUUUGAGAGAUUCCACCGAUUUGGAAGUAUUAAGGAAAUAUAUGGGCUUUGAUUCGGUGAAUGAAUUGAAGAAUUAUUUAUCCACUCAACAUGCUUCCACCAUUUCAACAUCAGAUUCAUGGACCAUUGAAACACCAUUUACCAUGUUUCCUGGUGCGAUUUAUGAUGACUCUAAAAAGAGACAAUGUUACACUUCUACUGAAAGUGGAUCGACACGAUUUUCUUCAUUUAAACUUGUGAAUGAUUGGAGUGGACAACAAGCAGUGGUCAUUCGAACAGAUAUUUCACGAGAAGUGUAUUCAUUGGGAUGGCUUUCAUUCCUCUAUACUGCCAUUGCUAUUUUGGCGUUGGUCAUUCUUAUGGCUAUUGCAGUGAUGAUUUUUGUGGAAUUUGUGGUGUUGCGAAGAGUGUUAAAAAUUGGACGUUUUGUGAGAAGCGUUACGAAUGAGAAUGAUCUUUCUCGAAGACUUGUGAAUAUGAGCUCAGAUGAAUUGGGAGAUCUCUCUGCGGAUAUUAAUGGAAUGUUGGUGGCGUUGGAAGUGUCACAAUCAAAACUUGCCAAUGACAAUUUGAUGAUGCAAAAUAUAUUGGAAAGAACUGCCAUUGAAGAGGAAAAGAGUCGAUGCAUUUUGAAUAGCAUUACAGAUUUUGUGGUGACUGUAGAAUGCUCAUCGGGAUUAAUUAUUAACAUCAAUUCAUCUUUCGAGAACAAAAUUUUAAAGAAAAAACCUCAAUUGCAACAUUCCAUGAAAUCCGCACCUUUUGAAAAUCACUUAAUCAACGAGUACAUUACGAACUAUUCCACACUUCAAGAAUUGUUAGAAAAAUUGGACAUUUUAUCUCGUGGUGGUGAAGUUUUUGAAACGACUCUCUUCUCCGAUCUCGGAAGCAAAUAUCCUGUGAACGUGAGUGUCAACAAAACGAAAAUGACUGUUCGAGAGGGUGUGAUUGGUGAUGCCUUCAUUAUUGUCAUGAAAAACUUGUCAGAACAAACCGAGUUGAAGAACAUGUUGACCAUGCAACAAGAAAAAUUAAUGGAAAUUCAAAAAGUCGCCAAGUUUGAUAAAGUCAUGGCAGAUAAGGAAUUAAGGAACAAGUUCAAAGAAUUCACAAUUAAGGAAAGAAGUUCUGAAAAUUUCCUCUUCCUUGAAAUGGUUGAACAAUACAAGACCAUUUCGAAAUCUAAGGAACGAGCAGUUCUUCAAAAGGAAAUCAUUCGACGACAUUUGCUACCAAAUUCACCUCAACCACUCAAUGUUUCUCAGAAAAUUCUCGAAACAGAAUAUAAGAAAAUUGCCAGUGGUUAUGGUCAAUUGGAUUUAUUUGACAAGUUGGAAGUUGUUGUGAAAGGAAUGAUUUUGGAUGACACUUUUUCAAGAUUUAUGAUUGAGCGAGAAAAUGAGGAGAGCACGGACACUUCAGAUUCAACAUCCUCAAUGACUAACCAUACUAAUUGUUGA